CCUCACAGCAAGCUGCACCGCGCAGCAGCCAAACUUAGCCAGACACUGAAGUGUGCUGAGACAGUAUGGCAAAGUCGCCGACGAUCAUGGCGGUCGUGGCUCUCGGCCUCGCGCUGCUGCUCGCCGCCGGCCCGGCCGCCGCGCAGAACUGCGGCUGCCAGCCAAACUUCUGCUGCAGCAAGUUCGGAUUCUGCGGCACGAGCGACGCCUACUGUGGCGACGGGUGCCAGUCGGGCCCGUGCCGCUCGGGGGGUGGUGGCGGCGGCGGCGGCGGCGGCGGCGGCGGCGGCGGCGGCGGCGGUAGAGGCGCGAACGUGGCUAGCGUCGUCACCGACGCGUUCUUCAACGGCAUCAAGAACCAGGCCGGGGGCGGGUGCGAGGGCAGGAACUUCUACACGCGGAGCGCGUUCCUGGAGGCCGCCAACAAGUACUCCGGCUUCGCGCACGGCGGCUCCGAGGUCGAGGGCAAGCGCGAGAUCGCCGCCUUCUUCGCGCACGUCACGCACGAGACCGGACAUUUCUGCUACAUCAGCGAGAUCAACAAGAACAACAACUACUGCGACGCGAACAACAGGCAGUGGCCGUGCGCCGCGGGGAAGAAAUACUACGGGCGCGGCCCGCUGCAGAUCUCGUGGAACUACAACUACGGGCCUGCCGGGAGGGACAUCGGCUUCGACGGGCUCGGGAACCCGGACAUUGUUGCGCAGAACGCCGGGAUCGCCUUCAAGACGGCGCUCUGGUUCUGGAUGAACAAUGUGCACCGGGUGAUGCCGCAGGGGUUCGGCGCCACGACCAGGGCCAUCAACGGCGCCCUCGAGUGCAACGGGAACAACCCCGCCCAGAUGAACGCGCGGGUGGGAUACUACAGGCAGUACUGCCAGCAGCUCGGCGUCGACCCGGGGAACAACCUCACCUGCUAGACGAGCCGGCUUCACAUGCAUGCUUGGCUGGUGAAGAAUAAAGAAUUCUGGGCGUUGAACGCGCUGAAGUUAAACCCAGAGUUUAACGAAUAUAUGUACUAGUAGUAGUAUUAAUAAUGCAAGGCAGGGCUUUGCUUAUGCAACCUGAAUAACGAAGCAGUUUCACAGUUUGUAAUAUGCUGAUUUGCCGGGAACGACACUUAGCAUUGGCAA